AUGGAGGUGAGAAGGCAAGAGAGCAUCCCCUUGAGCCAGGCCUCGGGGGUGAGGCCCCCCGUGGACCCGAACGCCCUGGGGGAGGUGGACCCCAACCUCUACCCCCAGCCGAAGGAGGCCACCCACAAGAUCCGGGGCAAGUCGGAUCUCAUUGAGAUGCUAUGCGGUACCGUUGACCAAGAACUCCUUACCGUCAAGACCUUCUACUUCUUCUUUUACUCAGCCUUCGGAUCUCUCUUCCCCUUGAUGGGUAUCUACUUCAAGCAGAUGGGUAUGAACCCGGGGCAGUGCGGUUUCCUCAUCGGAUCCAGACCGUUCAUCGAGUUCCUUUCGGCCCCCUUCUGGGGCAGCCUCGCCGACAGGUACCAAAAGGGCAAACAGUUGCUACUACUGUCACUGCUAUGCUGGAUAGUAUUUACCCUACCAUUAGGAUUUAUUCAACCACCAGCCAAAUCAUGCUUGGCUCGCAAUGGGACCCAUUACUACUUAGACACUCCAACUAUACACGACUUGCGGAAGCGGGAGGCCUAUUCUUACCUUGAAGAAGAAAACCCGCUAAUUAGAGAAAAGAGAGCGACCAGAAUCCGGGGCGCUGAGCCGGGAAUGUCGCCACUUGAUGUGAAAGAUGUCCGUGCUGUAAAUUACAACGAGAAGCUGCACAAUAGUUGGGUCAAACCGCUCUUCAGUUCCAUUGUAUACCGUACUCAGGACAUACAAAAGGCCUUCUUGCUGUUGCUAUUGUUGGUCAUCAUUGGAGAGUUCUUCAGUGCACCUGCAAUCACCUUAGCAGACAGUGCUGUCAUUACCCUUCUUGGUGAAGAUGCUGACCAAUAUGGAAACCAGAGAAUGUUUGGAUCCCUUGGAUGGGGCUUAGCCAUGUUUUUUGUGGGAAUAGCUCUUGACCAUUCAGUAGCAUUUCCCGAUCAUCCUUGUGUACCAGAUUCCAAAGAAAAGAACUAUACCAUUUGUUUUGCUACAUUUUCUGUUCUUAUGGGUGCUGCACUUAUCACUGCUACCCAGAUCAAUUUUAAGUAUGAUCCUAUAGAAGAACCUGUGGUGAUUGAAAAGGUAAUGGAUCCUGAACAAUCAAGAGAGGAUUACCUGCAAAAACAAUUAGCACAGCAAUUAAAUUUACCAGCCCUUGCUGAUACUUCAGCACCUGCUCAAACUCAGCCUAAUGUUGGAAAGUCACAAAUGUUUGCUCAGACAAUGAGAGAGAUACCAGAGUGGGUUACAGUUCUCAAGCACUUUGCCAAUCUUAAGUGUGGAUCAUUCCUUUUUGUAGCUUGGUUUAUGGGAUUCGGUAUUGGACUCAUUUUCACAUUUCUCUUCUGGCAUCUACAAGAUUUUGGUGGCACACCAACACUCUUUGGAGUAGCUUCAGUAAUAAAUCAUAUAUCAGAGAUAUUUGCCUAUUUCUUUAGCUUCCGGCUCAUCUCACAAAUGGGGCAUGUUAAGGUGCUUUGUUUGGGACUUGUAGGAAAUAUUUUAAGAUUUCUCUAUAUAUCCUAUCUAACCAACCCUUGGUGGGUUCUUCCAUUUGAAUUCAUGCAAGGAAUAACCCAUGCUGCUGUCUGGGCAGCUUGUUGUUCCUAUAUUGCUCAUAAUACUCCUCAGCAUCUCAGAAGUUCAGCUCAAGGAGUCCUUCAAGGACUUCAUCAUGGUUUAGGGCGUGGUUGUGGUGCUGUUUUUGGCGGUAUCUUUGUUACAUACUUUGGAUCUACUGCAACAUUUAGAGGGUAUGGUCUUUUUUGUGGUGUAAUCUUGGGCGCAUUUGUUUUUAUUAAUUUCUACAGAAAAGAUACUGGAUUUGUGUCAGAUAUACCAGUUACUGAAGAUCCACAUCAAGUGGCCGAAGAAACAGCACACUUAGCUCCUCACGGCGUGCCUAGCAAUCCAAUCCCUAGAGCUUUAUCUAGUACAAGGUUGCAUGAGCUAGCAACCAAUGAGCCUGGCUAUGGUGCUACCUACAACACCACUGGAGGCAACCUUGAUAUUCCUGGUCAUUAUCAACCACAACCACAACCUCAGCCAGUACCAAGUAAUCCUUCAAAUCCGUUCCUAACUGGAGUACCUGGUGGAAACUACAACUAUCAACAGACAAAUUAUCAACCUACUAAUUAUCAGCAGCAGUAUGCGCCUAAUGGUGAUCCUUCGAUGAGACAUCAGUACCAGGGGCAGAAUGAAGGAUAUGGCGGAGGAGGCACAACUGUAACAUCAAUGUACACCCAACAGCCCCAAUCAGAACAAAGAAGUUACAACUGGUAG